ACCGCCCCCUAUCCCACCACCACCGCCGAAUCCCCCGCCAGCUCCGCCACCAACUCCUCCCCCAAACCCUCCACCAGCCCCGCCGCCACCGCCAAUCCCUCCCCCACCACCGCCACCCAAGCCUCCACCACCACCGCCUCCUACCCCUCCGCCGGCUCCUCCACCUACACCACCACCGCCUCCUAUCCCUCCGCCGGCUCCACCACCAGCUCCACCGCCACCGCCUAUCCCUCCGCCGGCACCCCCGCCUCCGCCUAUCCCUCCACCAGCACCACCGCCACCGCCUAUGCCCCCACCACCACCUCCGCCUCCUAUCCCUCCGCCGGCUCCACCACCUACACCACCACCAGCUCCACCGCCACCGCCUAUCCCUCCGCCAGCACCGCCGCCUCCGCCUAUCCCUCCACCAGCGCCACCGCCGCCGCCUAUGCCUCCACCAACUCCUCCUCCUCCCUUGCCAAUCCCUCCACCACCGCCAAACCCAUGGCCGCCACCACCGUGAUGGCCCUUAAAAAUAGGAUGCUCCUUCUUCUUCUUCUUUUUCAGGUGGUGUCCUUCACCACCACCUUUGCCAACACAAUCAGGCUCCUUAUAAUUAUAACCAUCCUCUCCUUUCACCAUCAACAACUUCCUGCCCUCAACCACACCACCACCACCACCGCAACUCCCCAGCAAAGCCACCAACAGCCAGCUCAGUCCCCAACUCAACCUCACUACACCACUCCCCGCCAUCACCAUUCUUAUUAUGAUUAUUAUUCUCUCGAUCGAUCGCUAGCUGCACACAUUUUCUCAAUUCAAACCCAUGCACCUAUAUAUAUAUAUAUAUAUAUAUAUAUAUAUAUAUCUAGCUGU